AUGAACCUCCCUCCGCCGCCUCCACGACCGCCGACCAAUCUCAAUGGAAUGAUGAAUGCUCCGCCGCAUGCAGGGUAUAACUGGGGUGCACCGCGACAACAACAACAGCAUCAGUACAACCCGGGUUUAUACCAGGGGUACCACCUUCCUCCUCCGCCAGGGCCUCCACCUCUGCAGCAACAGCAAAACCAGGAGGCACCGCUGACCUCUGCGACUUAUAUACCGGGUGGGGAAUCGUUCGGACCAGGAGUUGGCAUCCCACCGCUACAUACGUCAAGACAUUAUCAAGAGCCGGCGUUCUAUAGUGAAGAAUCAUACUCGGCCAACACUGACACCUCCGCGACCAGCUUUCCAGUACAAAACUAUGGAGCCAACACUUCUUUUCCUACGGCUACGAACCGUAGCCACCUCAACAUCCCCACCGAAAGAUCUCUGGGCUACGACCCUCCCGGACCACCCACCGCGACAAUGCAGAAUCCUAUACCGCAGACACACGGCAGCUUGUACUAUCGCAAUGAAAAUACCGGCACGACCCCCGUCUCGCCGAAUGACGCGGCCUCUCAAUGGCCUGCGGAACGAGUUCAGAUGUGGCUGGCGAGUUACGGUUUUUCAAGAGAUUGGCAGGAAACGUUCAAGACGCUGGGUUUAGAGGGAACUAGGUUUUUGGAGAUCGGUCGCGGUCAUGGUGGGAAGGGCAACGUUGGCAUGAUGCAUCAGGUCAUCUUUCCGCAGCUAGCGAAACAAUGCACAGCGAGCGGGACUGGUUGGGACCAGAAUAGAGAAAGAGAUGAGGGUCGAAAAUUGCGAAGAUUGGUUCGUGCCAUCGUUGAGACUGGAAGCGCAAGCAAUGUGCGGCUGCCGCAACGACAGGAUACAGGCAUGACGUUAGCCAGCGCAGGUACUGAGGGUACACUCGAGAACUCCCCAUACCUAGGCACAGGUCGUGACCAGUUCGGAUCCACGCCCACAACUGCUGGAGGCGGUGAAGAGAGCCCAGGACGUCAGAUGCCUCUCACUUCGCCUGGUUCUGCGACUAUUCCUCGCCAACGGAACUUCACCGUGCCUGGACUUGGCCCACCGCCUGACUACAACGAAACAUCUGGCCUUGGCGCAUACUCCAAGGAGCAUCGUGAGAUGCUGCGCGACUUGGACGCCAAGCCCAAACACCGACACAGCCCUAAUGCUUCUGGUGAAUUUGCUCCCUCUUCGUUCAGCGCUUCGAAUCACCGCGAUGUGAUGAGGCAAGCAAGCCCACAACAUAGUCCCGGCUUACAGUCGGCACGCCUCGCGACUACUGGUCAGCAUAGUGGGGGGCUGAACUCGUCAGCGAACAGGUACUACAGCAACCAUAUUCGCGGCAACAGUUCCGAAUCAAAUCUAUCGACAUUUGCUACGGCAGGGUCCGUGAACGGCGGGGUCUCCGGCCCACCUUCGGGCAGGUCCGUUGAACCCAGGUCUGAAAGUCGCACCGAGAAGAGGUCUGGCUUCGAUGCUGGUUCUCGGCCAGGUACUGGCAUGUCCAGGCACGACAGCGCAGAGAUUCCCACGAGUGCUAAAGAACACAAGGGGUUCUUACCCAAGUUCAUGCGGAGAGAAAAGAAGAAGGAAGAAGGACAUCCUUCCCCUGACGACACUAGUCUUGACUCUCCGACGAGUCCAGCGAGCCAUAGGAAUAUCGCUGCCGGAUCAUUCUUCGGUAAAACAGGACUGAACUCUAGCGAAACGUCGUUGAACGAACGCCCAUCCUCUCGUCGUUCCGCGCAAACUGAUUCGGAUAGUCGGACCGGCAUUCGCGGCCGAGGCUCGUCUGUCCGAGAGAGUGAUCGGAAAUAUGCAUUCGUUACCCCAGAUGGUUGGAAUUACCGUUUGGUUGACAUCUCCAAUGCCAGCAGCGCGGCGACGCUACGAGAAAUCGUAUGUGAAGAGCUCAACCGAGGACUCAGUCAGACGCCUGGUGUGCAAUUUCACUUGACGUCUCCGGGACAGUACGAACACAAUGAACCCCUCACCGACUCUAAGCUGCUGAACGCCCGAUCGCAGUACGGAAAUAAGCUGGGCGAUCUCAAGAUCUUCGUCAAAAUUCCCCGAGAAGCACAUGUUCCAACCUCUACAGGUCUGGGUGUAUCUAUUCCUCCUCCGGCUGAAAAGCGUAUUGACGAGGGCACAUACGCUCGUUUGAACGAGUUGGACCCGGAUGUCAAAUCUGGUGAAUCGACCCUUGUUCCGGACAAGAAUGGCAAAUUACGAAAGCUGGCAGAGAGACAGGAGCUGACCCCUGAAGCAGUAGCGGAACGUCUGAAUGGCGGCAGCAGCAGAUUACCAGAGCCUUCCUGGGCUGUAGGCGAUGAUCUCCCGGAAGAGGAACGCCAGAAGCUUCUUCAAGCUGCUUCAGAAGAGCACCAGCGGGAGACCAAGCGCAAGCAGGCAGCUUACCUAGCAUCUCGUCAAGAGAAACUGAAAAAGGAAGGCUCCACACCUUCUUCGGCUAAGGAUGUCGGAAUUCACAGUCCAGGUAUCAUUGACUUCGAUGAGCCGCGCAACUCACCCUAUGAAGCACCGAAACCAUUUGAUGAUCGGAGAAAGAGCAAGCAAUUGGUGCCGCUCAGAGAGCCACCCCCUGUUCCUGGAGAUUCAAAUACGUUGAUUAAGGCUAAUUCGCUGUCGAAGACUAAGAAAGACCGCACAUCAUGGCCUGAUGGUGAAGAAGCCCAAGCAAAGCGAUCGUCGACCGAUAAUGAUAUAUCCAAACGAAAAGCCAUACCUCAAGGACCCAGUGGUCUAUCUAGUAUUGCUGCUGCGAUAAUUGGGGCAGGCAACAUCGGCAGUUCAGUGGGAGCUGCCAACAAGGCGCCUAAAGUACCUCCUAAAGACUCAACUGAGAACGUGCGUCCUUCGCAGCGCAUUCUUCAAGAAAAUGGUUUUGGAUCUGGUUCUGGGAGGAAUAGUCCAGGUGGGUCUCCUCGCAGUCCUGGGUCUCUGACCAUGAGCAAGGGCAAUGUCCCGUUCUUUAUACCUGACUAUGAGGAAGAUGUUCCCGAUGAUGUUACGCUUGACAAGCCGCUCCUCAAGCUCAAGAUGCCAACCGCGCCAAACCCGACGAUUUCCAAACUUAAGGAUGACCUACCGUCACGAACAAGGUCACCCGAUGUUAGUCCUCACUCUGCGCACCCCCCGGCCUCGGCCUUGUCUCGCGAUUCCUCAAGAAUUUCCAUGUAUGGAGGGACGAUCGAUUUUGAUGAAGCUCGAGUAUCGUUCCACUCCAAGAGUACUCAGGAUCUGGAUCCCGUCAAUUCUGAUGACGAUUCUGAUGACGGACUGUUUGCUAUGCCUCUUGCUAAGACUGGGCCUCCUACGCCUGCCAAGAGUGGAUUAUCAUCGACGAUCGAUUCCCGUGGUCAACGGCCCAAUCUCACGCUGAAAACUUCUCGGUCAAAGAACUCACUAGACAGGGUCCCGGAAAGGUCUGGCGAUGUUAGUGCAGCUACGGACGACAGUCGCAGCACCCAGCCGAACGAUUUAAAUCCGGAAACUCCUCACUCCAACACCUGGACGGACUCACCUGAUGAUAGAGGUGGGUUUAACAAUGUCCUACGCCGGGAGUCAUUUGCUUCUGAUCUCUGGGCCAAUCGACCUCCCGCGGAAGCCCUUGUGGAGCACCUUGACGAAUUCUUCCCCAACGUCAACCUCGAUCAACCAAUGCUUGAAGAGGAUGCCGAUGACACCGAUGCUUCAACCGAAGUGACAAGUGACUUUUCUAAGGACAGUCGCUCUGUCACGCCAGCGUCAUCUUUUGAAGAUACUAGCACCGUUAGUUCCACCCUCAACAGAGCAUCAGUCCAGUCCAUGGCGCAGCGCAAUAUCCGCAAAUCGGGUGUUGGCCUUGGUCGUACCAAGUCUAUUCGAGAAGUGGUCAAAUCGCAAUAUCAGCCGUUCGAGAAGCGGCCUCAAAUUCCUCCUGUCGUGGCAGGGCCCUCGCGCGUUACUACACUGCGUGGUGGUGGAGAUAUUGUCCGCAGGAAGUCGACAAAGAUGUUCCACGCGAAGAUUGAGCAGGUCAAGCCUCCUCGUGGCUCCAGGUUGAUCCAGCUAGAGACAAUCCCACAGGAUCACCUACCUCUUCCGCAACGUCAGCCUACCUUCAAAUGGAUGAAGGGUCAACUCAUUGGCAAAGGGACGUUUGGUCGCGUGUAUCUUGGUAUGAACAUUACCACGGGUGAAUUGAUCGCAGUCAAGCAAGUGGAGGUCAACCCAAAGGCCGCUGGGUCUGACAAAGACAAGAUCAAAGAGCUUGUGAAGAGUUUGGACCAGGAGAUCGACACGAUGCAGCAUCUGGACCAUGCAAACAUCGUGCAAUACCUUGGUUGCGAGAAAAAGGAGUACAGUAUAUCGAUCUUCCUUGAGUACAUCAGUGGUGGCUCUGUCGGCUCCUGUAUUCGCAAGCACGGGAAGUUCGAAGAGAGCGUUGUGAGCUCGCUCACAAGACAGACGCUAGGUGGCCUUGCCUACCUGCACAGGGAAGGCAUUCUCCACCGUGAUCUCAAGGCGGACAAUAUCCUGCUCGACCUUGACGGGACGUGCAAGAUAUCCGAUUUCGGCAUCUCCAAGAAAACGGACAACAUCUACGGUAACGAUGUCACGAACAGCAUGCAAGGAUCCGUCUUCUGGAUGGCGCCAGAAGUCAUCCGCUCUCAGGGUCAAGGCUAUUCCGCGAAGGUCGACAUUUGGUCGCUCGGCUGUGUCGUGCUCGAAAUGUUCGCGGGCAAGCGACCGUGGUCGAAGGAAGAAGCCAUCGGUGCCAUCUACAAGCUAGGCAGUCUGAAUCAGGCACCUCCAAUCCCGGAAGAUGUUUCAAGAGUGAUCGGGGUAGAGGGCUUGAGUUUCAUGUAUGACUGCUUCACCAUCGACCCGGCCGAGCGCCCGACUGCCGAGACGUUACUCCGUUCGCCGUUCUGCUUUUCGGACCCGAACUACAACUUCCUCGACACGGAACUCUACGCCAAGAUUCGGGGCGCAUUCCAGUAA